CUUAGUUUGCACACAAACACCAAUGGAUGAAGCGUCCCUAGCUUCCUGCGGCUGCGCCUUGACCCCUACAAGCUUUCCCAAGCGCCUGCGCGAGCCCUCAGGUCCCGCCCUUUGGUCUCAGUGCGCUGGCGCAGGGCAGAAAGGUGGGGCUUCGGUCCUCCAGACGAAUGCCAGCGCGGCUGCGCGCUGGGGGGUACUCCCUCACCGCGGCUGCGCGGGAGCCAGGCCGCCGGCUGUCACUGCGGUUGCGCGCGGCGAGCGCCGAUCCCGGGGCGCCUGCGCGGGUGGCUUUGCGGGCGCUCGCGGUAAGUUUGCGCCAAGUGCGCGGCAGCCGGGACGCAGACGGCGGCGGCGGCGAGAGGCGGAGCCCGGGGACCACCCCCCAUCACCCUCCCCCCAGUCACCUCACGUACCACAACCUCACCUAACCUCUUACCCCCACCCCCGUCCGAUACCCCCAGCCCCGGGAUGGCAGCGCCCGCCAGCCUUCCCGGCCGGACCGGCGGUCGCCAGUGCCGGCUUUAGCCUGUGGGACUAGGCCCUGUCGAGGCCUGACCCCUGGAGCCGGGACCCACUGUGCAGCCAGCAGCCGGGCCGGGACUGAGGGGCUGCUCCCCCCUCGCGGCCCGUCAGGAGGACGCUGUCGUCCCGGGGACUGGGGGCCGGGGGGUGGGGGGGAGCCAGGGCGAGGAAGUCGGGACCCGUGUUGGGAAAAAAGAAGCGGGGCCGGGGUCAGGAGCGCCCCCUACCCCCACCUCCCCCCUCCCCCCGGGGUUGGGGGGGCCGGAGCAGAGAGCACCCAGCCCGGGAGGUGGAUGAAUGUGGGAGAAAAUGGAGACCAAGACGAUCGUGUACGACUUGGACACAUCAGGGGGGCUGAUGGAGCAAAUCCAAGCUCUGCUGGCCCCCCCUAAGACGGACGAGGCAGAAAAGCGGAGUCGGAAGCCUGAGAAGGAGCCCCGGAGAAGCGGCAGGGCCACCAACCACGACAGCUGCGAUAGCUGCAAGGAAGGUGGAGAUCUCCUGUGCUGCGACCACUGCCCGGCUGCCUUUCACCUCCAGUGCUGUAACCCUCCACUGAGUGAAGAAAUGUUGCCUCCUGGAGAGUGGAUGUGUCACCGGUGCACUGUUCGCCGAAAGAAACGAGAGCAGAAAAAGGAGCUGGGUCAUGUCAAUGGACUGGUGGACAAAUCUGGCAAACGGACUACAUCCCCCAGCAGUGACACUGACUUGUUGGACAGAUCGGCCAGCAAAACUGAACUAAAGGCCAUUGCCCAUGCUCGGAUCCUGGAAAGGAGAGCCAGCAGGCCUGGCACGCCCACAUCCAACGCCAGCACAGAGACCCCCACCUCUGAGCAGAAUGAUGUCGACGAAGACAUCAUUGACGUGGAUGAGGAACCAGUAGCAGCGGAGCCAGACUAUGUGCAGCCCCAGCUGAGGCGGCCCUUUGAGCUGCUGAUUGCUGCCGCCAUGGAGCGGAACCCCACCCAAUUUCAGUUGCCUAAUGAACUGACUUGUACCACUGCACUACCAGGUUCUAGCAAGAGGAGAAGAAAGGAGGAAACAACAGGGAAAAAUGUUAAGAAGACACAGCAUGAAUUAGAUCACAAUGGUCUCGUUCCCUUACCGGUCAAAGUCUGCUUCACGUGUAACAGGUAUUUUCUUUCAUACUAAGGGGCUCUUUCUCAUAUUUAGCAAAUGAUACUUUUUCUCUCAUCACCUCUUCCAGACCAGGUAUGUUAAAUGGGAACAGCCCAUAUUCGGAUAGUAUGAGUAAACGGAGACUGACUAAUGGACUGAUGAGAGCCUUUAAUGUGUAUGUGUUAACAACAUAUUUUCUGAAGAAUCACAGUAUAGGAGUACUGUGAACUGUGUUGAGGCCGAGCACAGUGGCUCAUGCCUGUAAUCUCAGCAAUUUGGGAGGCCAAGGCAGUCAGAUUGUUUGAACCUGGGAGCUUGAGAUCAGCCUGGGCAACACAGUGAAACCGUGUC